AUGGCAAGUCCUCUGAUUUCUCAGUAUCUGCCUCCUGACAUUGACCCUACCAAAGUUUCCAUUGCCUAUGGACGACGGGCCCUGCCUAAGCUGAAUGAGGAGCUCCAGUCCCCGGACCUGCUGACUCGGCAGAAGGCCCUCAUGGCCCUGUGCGACCUGGUGCAUGAUCCUGAACAUGUGUAUGUAGCCAUCAGCAUAGGGUUUCUGAACAGCUUGAAGCUUCUGCUGAAAGACCCGGACAGCACCGUGCGGCACAAAACAAUUGAAGUUCUUUACAUCAUGGCUAAUCACAGUGUGGGCAGAGAAGGCUUUCUGAAGCAUCGUGUCAUCCUCGAGCUGUCCCAGAUCCUGGACGACCCCGUGUUGUUGUGCCGCACAUUCAUGCACAAGGCCUACAGGAGCGUGGCCCAGGUGCCCCAAGGGGCCGAUGCGAUCAUGGCGAGCGGACUGAUCCCCUUUCUGGUGAACAAGGUGAAGGACGAAGACGAGGAAAUCCAAGGGAUCAUCUUGGACACUCUCUACUUCUGCCUGCAAUGGGACGCGUCGCAGGCGUUUCAGAGCCAAGUCGUGCCCAUCCUCCGGGAAAAGCUCAGCAGCCCCAACCAGGAGAUCCGCAGCAAGGCGGCCCACACCUUGAUGGCCAUCUGCAUGCCGCGGAAUGGGAAGGACCAAGUGUGGCAUUGUGAUGUCAUCCCCCUCCUGGUGUUGCUGCUUGAUGACCCCAGCAUCGAGGUGAAGGGCAACGCUGCCGGGGCGCUGAUGUUCGCAGCUGUGACUACUGAAGGCAAAUAUGCUGCCCUGGAUGCAGGAGCAAUCCCAUUUCUGCUGGAAUUGUUGGACAUCGACGUGGUCAAAGUACGCCUGAACGCCAUCAAAGCGCUCACCAUGCUGGCCGAGGCCCCUGAGGGCCGGCGAGACCUGCUCCCGGAAGUGUACAGGUUCAAGGUGCUGAUUCACAACCCUGUCAGGGCCGUGAGCCGGGCAGCCCAGAUUGCCACCAAGGUCAUCGAGUGGAAGCCCUGA